CACCAUAUGUGCCACCACCAGAGGCAAAUGACCUAACUUUUCUCCCACGAAUCUCUUUAAAGUAUAACAAGCUACGACUAGCUAGUUAGUUAAACAGUGAAAUUAUUUUUGUAGUUUGCGUGGUGGGAUUUUUGGAAUGGAGUUCGACUUUGAUGAAUUUCUGAGUUCUGGUAUCGGUGAUGAUAAUUUUAAGUGGCUGAUCAAGUUUCUAAAGGGCAUGCUAAAGCCACUGGCUGCUACAGCAGUGGUGCUUAUGGCGGUGAUUCUGUCCUAUAUGCAAAAGCUUGGUUUGGAGGGAGAGAUGGUGUAUUCGAUUAUUAGAUCCUUUCUUCAGCUCUCUGCUAUUGGGUUUGUUUUGCAGUUCAUUUUCAAUCAGGACCAUGCUGUAUGGAUCAUCCUUGCUUACCUUUCCAUGGUCUCUGUUGCUGGAUAUAUAGCUGGACAACGUGCCAAGCAGGUUCCUAGAGGAAAAUUUGUGGCUGGUGCUUCUAUCCUGGUCGGAACUGCAGUGACAUUGGUCCUGCUAGUUUUAUUGAACGUUUUUCCCUUCACUCCACGGUACAUCAUUCCCGUUGCAGGCAUGAUGGUUGGGAAUGCAAAAGCUACUGGAGUUGCAAUGAAAAGACUCCGAGAUGAUAUCAAAGUCCAAAUGAACCUGGUAGAGACAGCAUUGGCUCUUGGAGCAACGCCGCGUCAAGCCACACUUCAACAAGUGAAAAGGGCUCUAAUUAUUGCGCUUUCACCUGUACUGGACAAUGCCAAAACUGUGGGUCUCAUUUCACUUCCCUGGACAAUGACUGGGCUUAUCAUGGGAGGAGCUUCUCCACUAGAAGCCAUUCAAUUGCAAAUUGUGGUGAUGAACAUGCUCUUAAUUGGUGCAUCAACUGUUAGUAGCAUUAUGUCAACAUAUCUUUGUUGGCCAGCUUUCUUCACCAAAGCUUAUCAAUUAGAAACCAAGGUAUUCUCUACUGGUUGAAGUUUCUGUGAUUUUGUUAUGAUCAAUGCUCUACACGAAAAAUGAAACACUUGAAAUGGCAAGGGAUCGGUAUCAACAGCUGAUAGAUCCACCAUCAUUGUAAACUACUCAAUAUUGAGCAGCUCCGAUUUCGAAACGAUCACGCAGCGCACCUCUACGCACUCACCUGAAGUGUUCCCGCA